GUCACUCUUGCUUUUUCAUAAAUGAUUAUCAACAUGUAAAACACUUUAACACGUUUGAGGCACAACCUCAGUCUAUAAAAAGGGAGAUAUUGGCCUAAAAUCUACACAACAUCGAGCUUUGAAGUGUCACGGAUAACUCAACAUGGCUGAAACAAAGGAUCUUCCAGAAGAAGCAGCAAUCUUUGGCAAAACAGCUCAUCAACUGUCUAAAACCGGCUACGGGCCACCGGAAAGCUAUAUCUGGACAAAUAAAAUAGAAAUUGAUGCACCUUUGGCCACAGACAUCCCAGUCAUUGAUGUUAGCCUGCUGGCUUCCUCCAGUGAUGCUGAGCUCACCGCGCUCCACUCUGCUCUCACCAAAUGGGGCUGCUUCCAGGCAGUUAAUCAUGGCAUAGAAAGCGCCUCCCUGGAUGAAAUGCGCCUUCUUAUCACAGAAUUCUUCCACCUGCCGGAGCUGGAGAAGCAGAGAUACACGAGGGAAGGAAAUGAUAUUGAAGGUUACAGCAGCUGUCCGCCUGUUGCCAGAACCCAAAAAUUCGAAUGGUCCGAUAGGUUGCAUCUUCAAGUCGCUCCAGAAGACGGUAGAAAACUCAAAUUUUGGCCUCAGAAUCCAGAACCUUUCCGGUAUAAAAAAAAUGCAGGUCCUCUCAUAAAAUUGAGUUCUGACUACACAAUUGAUUUAAUCGAGAACAAUUUUCCAUGUACCUGCAGAAAAGUAUUGGAAGACUACUCUGCUAAAAUAAGACAUGUGGAAGAGCAAAUCUUCAGGGCAAUAGCAAAGACAUUAAGCUUAACUGAUGAAGACUGCUUUGUGAAAAAGAUGCCCACCUUGUGUGCACAGUUCAACUACUAUCCGCCAUGUUCAAAACAUGAUCAGGUUAUUGGUCUCCGUCCACACACAGAUGGCACUGGAAUAACUCUUCUGUUGCAGGACAGCCAAGUACGAGGCCUUCAGAUACUUAAAGACAAUCAGUGGUUAUCAGUUCCUAUAAUACCUCAAGCACUGUUCGUUCUGCCAGGGGAUCAGCUCGAGUUAAUGAGUAAUGGAAUAUUCAAAAGUACAUGGCACAGAGUAGUUAUAAACUCAGAGGCCGAGAGGAUCUCCGUGGCUAUGUUCUUCUUUCCUGAUAUUGCAGAUGAGAUUGGACCACUGGAUCAACUUGUUGAUGAAGAAAGACCAAAAAUGUUCAACAAAGUAACAAACUACAAAGGGGGUUAUUACAACUACUAUCACCAAGAGAAAAGGGGUAUAGAUGCACUUAAAAUAUAGUGGUUUUUCAUCUUGAGUAUACAUAUGCAGUAUGCAUAUAAUAAUCAUAUGAUCCUAAAAAAUAUAUUCAUAUGAUCCAUAAAUAAUUACUCAAGAGUUUACAAAA